AUGGCAGAUAGUGACCGGCGAGAGCCCAAGCCUAUCAAGGCGUUAGACGUUACCGUUGUUAACAGGAUCGCGGCUGGCGAGAUCAUCCAACGGCCAGCAAACGCUCUCAAGGAACUCAUAGAGAACUCUAUUGAUGCCGGCUCAACUUCAAUAGACGUUGUUGUGAAGGAAGGAGGUGUUAAGCUGCUGCAAAUCACGGACAAUGGUUGCGGUAUCCGGAAAGAGGACAUGGAAAUCUUGUGCGAGAGAUUUACGACAUCCAAGCUACAGAAAUUCGAUGACUUAUCGAGUAUCGCGACAUACGGCUUCCGCGGUGAAGCGUUGGCCAGUAUCUCACACAUUGCUCACGUCACAAUCACCACGAAGACAGCGGAGUCACCCUGCGCAUGGCGAGCAACCUACUCUGACGGCAAGCUAGUCCCCGCAAAGCCCGGACAAUCUGCGGACCCAAAGCCAGUGGCAGGGAAAACUGGCACACAAAUCACGGCCGAAGACCUCUUCUACAACGUUCCAACGCGUCGCCGCGCGUUUCGAAAUGCCAAUGAUGAAUAUAUGCGUCUCCUGGAUGUCGUACAAAGAUAUGCAGUACAUUCAGCUGGUAUCAGCAUGAGUUGUAAGCGUCAUGGAGACACUGCGUAUGGAUGCUCCACGGUGCAGCGAGCGACGACAAAAGACAAUAUCCGGCAAAUAUAUGGAGCAUCGGUUGCUGGGGAGUUGUUGAGUGUCGAGGUGAAGGACGAAGGACUCGCAUUCAAAGUGGAAGGACUGGUUACAAACGCGAAUUAUCAUGUAAAGAAGACAACGAUGUUGCUAUUCAUCAAUCAUCGUCUCGUGGAAUCGACAUCCCUCAAGCGAGGACUGGAACAGAUAUACGCAACCUUUCUUCCCAAGGGUGGUCAUCCUUUCAUAUACCUUUCUCUCGAGAUCGAACCGUCUCGAGUGGAUGUCAAUGUGCACCCCACGAAACGUGAGGUCAACUUCCUGUACGAGGAGGAGAUUGUGGAAUGUAUCUGCCAGGCAGUGGACGCGAAGCUGAGAGAAGCGGACAGCAGUCGAAGGUUCGAAGUACAGACACUGCUGCCGGGGGUGAAAGAGCUGGAUGCUGCGGAUAAAGCUGCAGCAUUGCAGAAGACCCAAACGAAGGUUUACGAAAAGAACAUGGUACGAACCGAUUCCCGCGCUCAGACCAUUACCUCCUUCCUCUCCUCUACUGGCGUCCCAAGCGGUUCCAGUGAAUCUCAGGGCCCAGCCUCGUCUGAUACGCCAUACGAGUAUGAGCACACCGAGAAGACCCGGACAAACCUAAGACUCGCAUCAAUGAAGGAGUUGAAGUGUGAUGUGCGGGAUCAGGUACACAAUGGACUUAGCGAUCUGUUCGCAAAUCAUACGUGGGUAGGGCUCGUGGAUGAAAAGAGGAGGUUGGCGGCUGUUCAACAUACAACGAAAUUGUAUUUGAUCGAUUAUGGCGCUGUGAGUUGCGAGCUUUUCUACCAAAUCGGAUUGACUGAGUUCGGGAAUUAUGGGUCCAUUCGACUGCAGCCGCCACUAAAUCUAAAGUCAUUACUGAAGGCCGCGAUGGAGGUGGAUGAAGGAGGGGACACUGCAAUGGAAGAUGACGAGAGAGCGCUUGACAGAGCCGAGGCGGUUCAUGAACAACUCGUCUCGAAACGUGAAAUGCUCGGCGAUUACUUCUCCAUCGAGCUUUCCGAAGACGGUGAGAUUUCGUCUAUACCUCUGCUAAUCAAAGGUUACGUGCCGUCACUCGCUAAACUGCCGGGCUUCCUGCUACGUUUAGGACCCAAUGUGGACUGGUACAAUGAGAAGGCGUGCUUCGAGACCUUCCUUCGUGAGCUUGCGAUCUUUUAUGCGCCUGAACCUAUUGUCAAGGGAUCAGAUGAGAAGAGAUCGACUGAAGUUAGAGCGGCGAUUGAGAAGGUCUUGUUUCCGGCAUUCAAAAAGAGAUUGGUUGCUACGAAGAAUAUGUUGGUUGAGAAGAGGGUUAUCGAGAUUGCGAAUUUACCGGCAUUGUACCGGGUGUUCGAGCGUUGCUGA